AUCCCUGAUUGGCUAAGGCUUAAGAGUCAGAGGCACAAAUUUUAAUCAAGAGAGAUUUUUACUUUCAAUGGCAGAACCAAAAGCAGACCAAAAUUAUCCUUCACCAUCAGAAGAAAAGGAUGUAAAAGCGCCAAAUGUGAUUGAAAGAGUCAAGGAAGAGAUAGAGGCAAUCGUCCAUAGUGGAAAAUCUCCACGCCAUCAUAAGGAAACACAUGGAAGAAGUGAUGAUAUUGAUGAGGAUACCCCCAUAGAUGAAGUAAAAGGACCAAGUGUGUUUGAACGAGUCAAGGAAGAGAUCGAAGCCCUUGUUGGGGCUAUUCAUCCUAAGAAGGACAAGAGUGACGUGUCUUCAUCUUAGAGGGGAGAUGGAGUGGGUUGGUUAAUUUGUCUUUUGUUGUAUGACUUAUGAAUACACAAGUUAAUGUUUUAAGCAACUAAGUUGUGUUCUUCAUGAUGGCUGGCUCUCUGUUUCAGUUGAAGAAGAAAAAAUUGUUUCUGUUAGGUUUCUUUUGCUGGGGUUUUCUAGCAAACAUUAUUUAGCUGCUGGCUGCUGUGUGUAUUAUCCCUGGUUUUAGACCCAGGUAACCUCAAAUUGUGGUAAUUAAUGGAAGUGGGCAAUGUGACCGAUUUUUUUAUUUA